AUGGUAGGAGGUUUGGAUGUAGGAUGGUGUAAGAAGUUUGGAUUGCAGGGGUGGUUGACCUAUUUUGUUACGAGGAGGUUUAGAAGAGAGCUUGUUAUCCCUCCGGUUAUAGGAUUUCAUGGGUUACGGAGGGCUUAUAGCAAGGCACGGGAUUUGUCAUUACGGUUGCAGGAGCUUUGUCCCUUAGGCCAUCGAUGGAGAUCAAUAGUGGCUAGAGGAUGGGGUGGUAUACGGCUUGCAUGCAUUGGCCAAAGCUUGGGAGUACUUGGAUAA